ACGGCCAUUUGUAGCGGCGCUGGAGGCUGCGUUCGGCAGGCGCUGCGGAGACGCGUAGAGGAGCGCGCCCCCCGGCCACUGCCGCCCCUGGCCGCUGCGGUCACCCCGCUUCUCCGUGCCUCGGGCGGGACCCUGCCAGCCCCCGGCGCCGCGCCGUCGCGCGGACCGGUCCUCCCGGCAGCUCCCGGCGCCCGGGACCCCCGCCCGGCCGCUCGCCCGUAGUCCGCCGACCGCACACGUCCCCGGAGCCGGGCCUAGGGCGGGCGGCGGCGGCGGCGGCGGCGGCGGCUCGUCGCGGCCGGGCUGGGCUCGGAGACGUCCCCAUGGCCGCGGCCGGCUGGCGGGACGGCUCCGGCCAGGAGAAGUACCGGCUCGUGGUGGUCGGCGGAGGCGGCGUGGGCAAGUCGGCGCUCACCAUCCAGUUCAUCCAGUCCUAUUUUGUAACAGAUUAUGAUCCAACUAUUGAAGAUUCUUACACAAAGCAAUGUGUGAUAGAUGACAGAGCAGCCCGGCUAGAUAUUUUGGAUACAGCAGGACAAGAAGAGUUUGGAGCCAUGAGAGAACAGUAUAUGAGGACUGGUGAGGGUUUCCUGUUGGUCUUUUCAGUCACAGAUAGAGGCAGUUUUGAAGAAAUUUAUAAGUUUCAAAGACAGAUUCUCAGAGUAAAGGAUCGUGAUGAGUUUCCAAUGAUUUUAAUUGGUAAUAAAGCAGAUCUGGAUCAUCAAAGACAGGUGAGAAGGGAAGAAGGACAGCAGUUAGCCCGGCAGCUUAAGGUAACUUACAUGGAGGCAUCAGCAAAGAUUAGAAUGAAUGUAGAUCAAGCUUUCCAUGAACUUGUCCGAGUUAUAAGGAAAUUUCAAGAGCAGGAAUGUCCUCCUUCACCAGAACCAACGCGGAAAGAAAAAGACAAGAAAGGCUGCCAUUGUGUCAUUUUCUAGACUCCCUCAAGUUUUAGCUACCAACUGCCAGGAAAAGCCCUCAUUUUCUCCUCUCCUUACAGUUUACAUCAUGUUGGUACCUUUCUAGCCUUAGACAAAUGAUCACCAUAUUAGCCUUAGACCAAGAAGGUGGCUAAUUCUUUCCGUGAAGCUAAUACAAUGGUCAUUUCCACACAGAUUUAAAGGAAACACUAAGGCUGCUUCAAAGAUGAUCUGAUUCCUUUAAAAUACAUGUCUAUAUACACAGACACGUUCUUUUUUUAAGUGCUUACAUUUUAAUAGAGAUGAAUCAGUUUUGGAACCUAAGCUGUUUGCCAAGCUGAAGCCACAAGUUGUGAAAUAAUUUUUAACUUCUGGAAUCAUAUUGCCUACUGUUACUCUAAAUAGAAAUAUAUGGAGUUUUUUUAAAUGUGAAUUUUUGCCUAUCUUUAAAAAUUUCAAUAUCAACUUUAGUUAACCUUAAAUACACUGAAUUGAAUCUACAAAAGUGAAACGUCUCAGACCUUUACUGAUGCUACAGCUUUUGUUUUCCAGUGGCCAAAAUACCAAAAUGCCUAUUGUAUUUAUGGAUUAAAAACUGCUUGUAAAAACCCUUGUUAUUACUCCUACUCUUGAAGAUGAUUAUAUUCUUUGUGGCCAAAUAUUUGGACUCAUUCUGGACUUAGGCAUUUCAGUGUACUUGAUUUUUUAAUUUAACCCUUUCACAGCCAUGCUAAGGGUAAAAAUGAGAAAUAUCUGUCUGUCUUCCUUUUCAAGUAUUCUGGAUAAGGGAUUCAAAAAAACUAAAACUGUUUUUGUUUGAUGUAAUAUAAAAUAUGGAAUUGAUCUUUCCAGGGUCAGAGAUGAUUAAUGUUUUUGCUAUAUACUUUUAUACAUUAUUUUCUUAUCAAACUAGUUAACAAGUAUUUUUAUAUGUUUGUAAGGAAAUAUGCUUUCACAGCAUACCUUGUGUAUAUGUAAAGAUAAGUAUUUAAUUCUCACUGUUCACUUUUAACUGACAGAGAAAAAAAAAUGGAAACUACAGAAACUGUGGUAGAACUUUCACUUGCUGGUCUGGUCCUGGUCGUACCCACCUGUGGCCAGUCAUGUAUCUACUCAAACCUUCCCAAUAGAGGACAACAGGAUGGACUCUGAAAUCACUUUCAAUAUCCCCUACUAGAUAUUGACUGUUAUAUCAAGUAUUAAGUGUAAAGCUUUUAAUUGACAAUUAGUAUAACUGUGGAUGGCUUCCGAUUUUGUUUUUAAUUCUGUGGAUUGUGUUUAAACAAUUCAAAGGUAUGUUCCUGAUUUUGAGAUACUAAGUGGUAUUGCACAGUUGUCACUUUAUUGAAUGUGUACAACAGUCCCAUGAAGUUUAUAAAGCAUACCCUUGUAUAGCUUCAGGUGCUAGAAUUAAAAUUGAUCUGUUAUCACAA